UUAGUUGUUAAUAAUGGAAACUGAUUCUUCCUAAUGUUUAGGAACUUAAUCAUCCCACGUUUCCCAUUUCAUCGUUGUAUAGAGAUCAUGAUCCCACAAUUGCUUCUUGUAACUUUUAUCUAUUUAAAUCAAUGCAAACAACAAAAAGAGGUAGUCAUAACUACCCAAAAGAAAAGCGUGUUCUAGUGUGUUCUUAAUUUGUUCUUGAACAAAUUCUCUUUGAUUUGAAGAGAGACCUUAAUUGGUAUCAAAUCACAUGUUUCUAGAUCAACGUUGAUAUCUCUUGGCAAGGGACCUAUCAGUGGUAUCAGAGCAUGUUUUGUUUUUGAUCCGGACCACUUUGUGGUAUCAAAAACUUUAUAUUUUUCAUCUUCCUUGUUAUCGGUAUUCUUCAUGAAUCAACGGUUAUCAAGAAUCCUCGACGAACGAUCAUUCUCAGAAUCAACGAUCAUUGAGAUCUAUCCAGCGAUUUUUUCUUUUUACCAUUUUCUUCUUUUCGGGUUUGUUGAUCAAGUUCAACAUCCUUUCAUUUGUUAUGGAUUAAAAUCUGUAAUUCUUCCAUUGUUUUUCAGUUUUCAAAAAAAAAAAAUUUCAUCUUACUUGUCAUUUAAAAGAAAAGCAAAAAAAAACAGUUUUAUUCUAAUAAGGAAACAAGCUUGGUCUGGGUCUUUGAAGUUGUAAUGCGUUGAAAGACAUCUACUGGCAAGAAGAAUCAACAUGGAAGAAAGAGAAGCAACUCAAGUCGAGCUUUCCUCAGUUCAUCACGAACCUUGAGGACAAGGUUCUUUGACGUCCGGAGUAUUGAUGAGAUAGUAAUCGCGUUAACGUUGGUCAACUAACCGGACCUGGUUUGCAGUGUUUCAUUGUUCUUUUAAUUAUUUAUUUUAAUGAGUUUAGUUGUUAAUAAUGGAGACUGAUUCUUCCUAAUGUUUAGGAACUUAAUCAUCCCACGUUUCCCAUUUCAUCGUUGUAUAGGGAUCAUGAUCCCACAAUUGCUUCUUGUAACUUUUAUCUAUUUAAAUCAAUGCAAACAACAAAAAGAGGUAGUCAUAACUACCCAAAAGAAAAGCGUGUUCUAGUGUGUUCUUAAUUUGUUCUUGAACAAAUUCUCUUUGAUUUGAAGAGAGACCUUAAUUGGUAUCAAAUCACAUGUUUCUAGAUCAACAUUGAUAUCUCUUGGCAAGGGACCUAUCACAAACUCAUCAGCUUGUUUAACUCUUUUUUAACAAGUUCAGAGCUUUUCAUCUAUUAAGUUUUAUUCUGUAAUAUAUUAUUCUUUCUCCUUUUUGGCCAACAUUAAGAAAAAAAACUAUUAUGAGUAAUUAAUCGUCAAAGACAGAAACAAAUAUCGCCAGCUUGGAUGUUAUAAUAAGACCAUGGAUAUGACCAGAUACAAAAACUAAAGGAAGAAAACAAAACACCUUAAAAACAUUGAAAAACGCACUCACAUUGUCAGAAACCUACAUCGAGAAACACACUUCCACACAAACACGCUCAUGAAAAACAUCAUAGAGAAGAGUAAUUAAGAAGAUGGUUGAUGAUCAUGAUCAUGAUCAUAAUAAUGAUCGUGUAGUGUGGGAUUGUGGAAGCCCACUCUAUGACUCAUACGAGCUCGUAUCUCUCACUCACAUCAUCGAACGCCACUUCAUGUAUCUCCCCUCUCUCUCCGGCGCCAGAAAAGUUUGUUCUUCUCGUACACCGUCAGAUUUGAGCGAUAAGGCUCAUCGCGCAGCCAGCACGGUCGUGGAUCUAUGCUGUUCCUCUGAUUCAACGACGGGUAAAUUAUUGGGUGGUGUUUUUGGGAUGAAAUGGUGGAAGAACAAGAAAAACGCAGAUGUCGUGGAGGAGGAACACAUUAAGAAGAAGACCAAGAAGGUGUUUCAUCGAGUUCUAUCUAGGUUAAGGAUCCCUACAACAAGAUCCGGUUCUCUGAAGAUGUGAUGUUUCUCUCCUUCGUAAGAAAAAGAUUAAUUAUUGUUUGUAUAAUUUGAAAUUUUAUCGAAUAAACUGUAAUGAGAAUGUGAUUUGAACUUUGUUGCUCCA